CACACAGAGACAAUAAUUGCAAGAGUGAAUAACUCUCUUCAUCUAACUCUGUGCAGCACACAUACACACACAAGAGGUCACAGCAUGACCUUUUCCCUGCAAAAUGAAAUUUUACUUGGAGCAAGUAAAUUACAAAGGGGAAAGAAUGAUAUAAGCAGGUAGACAUUGUUCCAUUACACAAUCACAGAGAAGUGAGGAUCCAAGGUCUUGUAUGCAGUUUGUAUGGACAUUUAUUCAUAUGAGACACUGAUAAGACCUUUAGGAGUGAUGAUGAAGGUGUAAGUGGCUCUGAUAAUGGCUUCUGUUGCAAGCUCCUGGCCUCGACCCUCUAACAGUGAGAAAGAGUUAAUCGGCCUUCAGUGGCGUGUGAGGAUUUAAAGCAACAGACUUUUAUAGAAGUAUGACUUGUGUAAAUUUCUUCUUUUCCCAGAUACUUUGAAUAGUCUGUCUCUGUCUAUGAGUAAUACAAACAUCUGUCAAACAUGGGAUAGGUAGCCAAUAACAAAUUCAGUUGUAGCUUGGAAUCACUUAGUUUGUUCUCUCAUCCAUCCUACAAAAUAAAACAAUUUAAUUAUGACCAGGAGGGCAACUGGCAGCAACACAGCGAGCUACCCCUCUCCCAGAUAAGUAGAUGGAGAUGUGAGCAUGUGAGCCAGACAUUUCCUUUCAGCUGCCAUCGGCUUUUCUAUUGGCCUAGCGUGGAUAACUGAUGAGUCUGCACUGGACAGGCCUCUCCUCUUAAUGAUCCUGGUCCUCUUGAUAAGAGACUAAGCCACAGUGCGUGUGGCUGUGAGUACACACACCAAACGGUUUCACACAGACACUCAGAACUGACUGCAAUUGCAUGUAAUUCACUGCCGCUACUAACAGCUUGACUUACACCGUGUAACAAUGUAGGCUAGGUCUUGGAUAAAUUCAAAACAUGGUAAGGCCGUUUUCACUCUGAAUCAUUCCCUUUAUAAUCCAUUCAGUCCAAAGAAAAGCUGAAUGUUCAAUGGCUGGCCACAGAGCCACAUAAUAAAAUGUUUUUAUGUCUUACUGUGUGCAGUGAAAUACCAAAGGACAGGACACCUUUCAUGAUUUGGCCAAUAUUCCUUUGCUGUCCGUGGCCAGUUCAAAUAAACAAAUAUUCUUUCUUAACAGUCUCAGCCUGCUGGUACAAGCACAGGUCCUCUCAGCACUGGCCACAGAGCAGCUACACUGAAGUGAUUUAAAGCUUAAGUGAUUUACUGAAACAGCUAUUGAAUAGUUUUUGAGUAAGUCUUGAAUUAGCUGUUUUACCUUGAAAUGUCUCCAGUGAGACUAAGAUUCAAACCAGUGGCUUUUCCCUUAGCCUUUCAUAAAAGCUUCUAUAAUCCUUGUAUUUGUAUAUAAGUAAUCAGCCAUGUUCAACUACAUUUAGCUCUUCUAGUUUAAUAUUAUCAGAUGAGUAAGAUCAUUGGAGAGGGUUCUAUAGUUGUACUUUGUAGACACAUGAUUAAAUCAAAUCUUGAACCCAUUUCUGAAGUAUCAAGAUUUUAUAUCAAGAUUAGGCUAAUUCCAGUGAAAUGGAAUAUCAGAUACAAUAUUUCCUGACAUCAAAUGAAAUCCAAGAUGUGAAGAAAGAGGAUAUAUAGCAGUUAUAAUAGCAGUUAUGCAUAGACUGAUCUGUUACUCACAUUUCUCAGAGUUUAAGUAAAACUAAUGUUCACACUCAGAGGUUAGCAGAUACUCUGGUUUGCUGAGUUAAGCUGCUUCUCCACAUAUACAAUACAUCAUUCUCACAUUACUGUUGGACAAAAUCACACUUGGCAAGCAGGCACACCCCACUCAAGGAGACCACAGUUACCAGGUGACGUGACAACACAAACACAUGAACUCAAGAGCUGACUGAAGAAAAUCACACAGGCAUAAAAGAAGAAUGUCACAUGAGUCAAACUUAGAGCUCUCUCAGAAUCACAGCAGGCCUGAUGUCUUGGACGGUCGUUGGAGCAGUCAGGAGAGGACGCUGGCUGUGCUGCUGGAGCAGGCUUUCAGGAUCAAAGAGGAGGUGGCAGCAGGCCUACAGUCCACCAAGGGCUCCGUCCAGGUCCAGGCGCUUUCCCACAAGCUGCUGGAGAGUCACAUACUGACAAUCACACGCAUUGUCAAGCAGCUCAGCAUGAACAUACAGGCACUGGAGAGACAGAUCGCCCAGCAGGACUCUGUUACCUCUGGAACCACGCUGGCUGUUGAAAGCUUAGACCAGAAAAACAUGGCUGGCAUUGGAGACCUGAGAGGAAGAGUAGCCAGGUGUGAUGCCAGCAUUGCCAAGCUGAGCGUUGACGUGAGCUCUGGGGAGCGGCAGAUGAUUAGACUGCAGCAGGAGGUGGCAGUGCUCAGGUCAGCUGUGGAUGCGAGGCUCAAGGAGCUGGAAGUCAAGCUCCAUCACGACCUUGGAAGACUGGAAGCCUCAUUGACAGAGAAUUCCCAGAGCCAAAGGAGCUCCAUGUCUGAUCUGCAUAGACAAGUUAAACAACUAGAUGACACGCUGUCCAGUGGGCUAAAGGAAGCUAAGGAUCAGACAGACUUGCUGAGAAAGUGGACAGAACAACAGCUCAACACCUCUAUCCAGACACAUGCACAAAGCACCCAGCAGCUCCGCUCACUACUACAAGACAAAAUGUCGGAGGCAGAGUCUAGGUUAGCUGAACAGCUACGUGCUCUGGAGGCCCGUGUGGAACAGUUUGAGACCCGGCGGGACCAGGCUGGCCAAAGUCAGGCAGAUCAGCUGAAACGCUCUGAAACCAAAAUCAGUAAAAGGAUGACCUCAGUGGAGAACAGCCUUCAUCAGGAGCUGCAGCUGCUCAAACAGGAAUACCACAAAGGGUUCUUGUCUGUGCAUGACGCCAUUGAGUCCCUGAGGCAGAUAAGUGACAUCAAAUCCUGUCUUGAAAAGCAGAAGCUGCAGAAGGAUAUCAGGCACAUCCGCAGCAAGGUGGCAGAGCUCAAUGACCUGUGACUGAAGAGGAGCUCCUUUUACUGUUACACCUGUCCUGAGGCAAUUGCUUGAGUCAAACCAAAGGCAUGCCCAUGGAUGACAGUGCUGACUGUGUCUUCACUAGCUUCAUUACCAUCUUAUUCUAUGAGCCCACAGCUAUUUGGACUAGCUACAGUAUAUUUUCACUUUGAACCCCUCAUUGAAAAACAGAGGAAUUAUCUUGCAAUUUAUAGUUAAGUACUUUUUGUGAAAAAGGAAAAUCAUAAUUACUAGUGUCAAUAAUAUGCAUUGUUAAUUUUGUGAAUUUAGAAAAUUUUAAUAUUUUAACCCUAAGAAUUGAGAUGACAUAAUUGUACUGAAAGUCACGGUCUAUGAAUAUUAACGUGCUGAAUUAUCUUGCCGGUGUGGAUCACUAUGAAAGUGAUAUAGGUACUGUAUUAGUUCGCAUUCCGAGGAAAAAGAACCCCUUUUCUCUGCCGAAACCCGGGAUCGAACCAGGGACCUUUAGAUCUUCAGUCUAACGCUCUCCCAACUGAGCUAUUUCGGCUUAGAUACUAUGUGUCGUACCAGACUCCAUUGACAAAAACAGGAAUUUUACCUCGUAGCUCGCGCUACUUUAUGCACUGCCCCUGCCUCAAUCGGUUUGUCUGUUUGUGUUAUUGCGUGACUUUCCGUGGUGUAACAACUAUUCACAUCCUUUACAUAAAUGAAAAUAUGACUAAAUGACACAAACAACACCAACCGAUUGAGGCGACAGUAAUCCAGCGAGUCGCGUGUACUACGAGGUAAAAUUCCUGUUUUUGUCAAUGGAGUCUGGUAGUGAUGUAGAGUGACAAAUCUGGUGACACAAAAGCGAUCUUACAUUAUAAUAAAACGAUACACGUCUGUGGGAAUCCUAUCCAUAAUGUUGUCAGACACUGAUGACAACAAUCUGAGUCUGUCCGUGGAAGAAAAACAAGCAAUCAGCCAGCACAUGGUGGACUUACUAUGACUUGAACCCUUCACUAAGUCCCGCCCCUCGAACGCAGACUGGCCAAUCAUAGCGUAGCAUCAGUCAGCUCCUACCAGGCCCUGACAGCUGGGCUGUGCUCCAUAGACCCUGAUGCAGUCCUCUUUGGAUUUUGGUCAUUUGCAGGCUGGUUUUGAGGAUUUCUGGCUACUCAUGGUGUGUGACAGUGAUAGUGGUUACUCAGAGGGGUUGGAGGGAGAUAUUUCUUUACCUUUAAAAUCAUAUCACAUUAUCUAGCACUUAUAUGCUACACUAGCUAGCCUACUACUCAAUGUAUACGUGCAGCUUUUACUCUCUAAUUACAUAAUUUCAUAGUCU